CUCCAUCCUCAACCUGCCAUUAACACCUCCAACAUGUCGCGCUCAGCUCCGCAAUCAAAGAUGCCUUCGCCGGCGCGCACGCCGCGCGAGUCGUCCGACGACCCCCGGCCACUCACCCAGCGGGCCUCGCACAAGCCCGCAGGCAUCAUCAACCUCGGCAUGACGUGCUUCCUCAACUCGACGUUCCAGGCGGUAGGGCGGGCGCGCACAUAGUCGAGUGGGCAGACAGAGAACGCUGACACAUGCUACAGCUCAGCGCGACGCCCCAGCUCAUUGCGCUGCUCUCUGCCAACCCCGCAUGGUCGCUCACGCCGUCGGCCAACUCGAUCCUCCCCCCUCCCCCCCGCGCGCCGCAGCUCACGCCGUCGCUGCUCCCCGCGGCGUCGGAAAUGCCCCUCUACCCCCUGCUGCCUGUCACACGCGCGUUUAACGACGCUCUCGGCCGCGCGUGGGCGACAAAAGACGUCGCCGGGCCGUCGAUUAGCAUCAAGGGCCUGCUCAAGGAACUCGCGCGCAAGUACGACCAGUACGACGAGUUUGCCCAGCAGGACGCGCACGAGCUGUUGAGGCACCUCCUCGACUCGAUGGAAAUGGAGGAGAGGGACAUUAUCAAGCGUGUCCAGCCUCCCCGCCCCGCGCCAACAGGGAGCUCGCCCGACGGCGGUGCGUCAUUGAGCGCGAGCAUUGCCUCGCUCCCGCUGCCUGCUGCCCCCGACAACGGCAUUCCCGACUCGGAACGCCUGCUGCCGUUUGUCGACGUGUUGUUUGGCGGCCUGCUCGCCAGCAUCGUCGUGUGCGAGACGUGCAAGUCGGUGUCGCACACGUACGAGGGGUUCCUGGACCUGUCACUCUCGCUCCGCGGCGACGACGACACACCAAGGCUGCGCAAGCGCGACCGCUUCCGCUCGAUAACGAGCAAGUUCAAGCCACGGACCGUGAGCUCCAAGCUUGCUGGUGAGCCAACAGCCACCAUGUCGGACCCCGAGGGCGACGGCGGCGAGCGCCGUGAGCGCAAGAGCAAACAGCAGCACCUCACAGUCAACAGCGAGACGGAGAAUGAGCACGGCGCGGCUGGGCUGGGCCGGUCAGCGAGCACGUCCAAGUCGUUUGGUGGACUCAAGGGGCGGACAAGCUUUUCAUUCCGGCGCAAGGGUGGAAGAUCGGUCAGCGGGACGACGGAGAAGGAGAACGGCGCGGCCAGCGAUACUAGCGCCGCGAGCGCUUCCACGGCCCAGCCGUCUGAACCUGCACUCAUCCUCGAGCCGGUCGCCGAGGGCGAAUCGGCCGUGCCAAUGUCGAGCAGCUCGCCAGCUGAACAGCCGCACGCGCAGCACCACCAGCACCAUCACCACCAGCACCAGGCUGGUCCGACGCCCGCGCAGGCGGCCUACAUCCAGAGAAUCCUGUACGGCCCGCCCGGCGCGCCGGAGAGCCACGACCCCAUCGCCAAGCUGCGCGCCGCGCAUGCAGGUGAGCUUGGUGUCGGCGGCGGCGGCAAGCCCGACUCUGGUCUCGUCGACAGCCUCAAGGCGUUCACGUCGGUCGAGGUGUUGGAAGGCGACAACGCGUUCGCGUGCCGCAAGUGCUGGAAGAUCAAGAAUGGGUAUUACCGCGACAAGAAGGGCGCUCGUAAUUGGAGACGCGAGCGCAAGCACCACGACGGCCACAAGAGUGAGACGGACCAUCACACCGAGGUGUUGGUGUCUCCCGCGUCCUCGACGUCGGUACUCUCUCCUUCCCCGUCGAGCGGGCUACUCUCGCCCAGUCCGAUCAAGCGGUCGGCGCCAUUACCCAUCCUACAGGCAGACGACGACAGAUUAGGCCGGUCACCCUCGCUCGCAGCUCGCAGUCCAGCAAUGGUGCGCGCACCGUCCCCAUUGCGGCAGAGAAUCGAGAAGGACGAGGACAGCGAGCAUAUCCCCAUAAGCAGAUUCGACACGACCAAGAGCUCCGAGACGACGGUGAGCUUGUCGUCGCUCAAUACUACGAGCUCGGCCGACACGCAGACCUCGUCGACAAAAACUGCGCCCACCACGCUCGACACGAUACCGAUCAUUGACGUCGGCGCCGAGGCGGACGGCGAGGACGGCGAGUGCGACUCGGACUCUGACGGGUUGAGCAACACGGACACGGAGGACGAGACGAUGCCUGCAUCGCUGCCCAAGCCCAGUCCGUCGCGGGGCGGCGGCUUCUUCCACAGCCGCAAGGACCCAGCCAAGGACAAGAACUUUAUCCUCCGGCGCGCGUUCAAGCGCUACCUCAUCGCCCGCGCGCCCGAGACGCUCGUGUUCCACCUCAAGCGGUUCAAACAGACGGGCAAGGCGGGCAUGUACUCGAACUUUUCGACGCUAAAGAAGAUGGACGACUUUGUCUCCUUCCCCGAGAUGCUCGACCUCGCGCCGUUCUUUGCGCCAAAUCGCUCCGACUUCAAGCUGACACGGACGUCGGCGGGCGUGCACGCGCCGUUCAUGGACUGGCCGUCGCCCGAGAAGGGCCCAGAGCUGAGCCCAGUGUGGUACAAACUAUACGCCAUUGUCGUGCACAUGGGCACCAUGGUCGGCGGGCACUACAUUGCGUACGUGCUCGUCGACCCCGAGCGCAUGUUUGCCGACCCGCGCCACCCGGACAAGGUGUCGGAUAUCACCGCGGCGGCGGACAGGUUGAGCGACAUGAAGCUGGGCGACGCGAAGAUCCGCGGGCGGGACAGGCGGGUCUGGUGCUACUGUUCCGACACCGAGGUGCGCUUCGCCAGCGUCGACGAGGUACUCAACGCGCGGGCUUACCUGUGUUUUUACGAGAAGGUGCAGGGGGAGGGGCGUGUCGGCGCCAGUCAGUGAACCAUCCAUCCAGUCGCAUGUUGUCAUCUUGCACAUCAUUCCACAGCAGCCAUCAUCAUAUGCUACCACCUCGCAUGCAUUUCUUAGAGCUUGGCCUUGUCCUCGUCAAUCUCGUCGAGGAACUGGAGCUCGGGCUUGGCCGCGAUGAGGGGGCCGAUGGCCUUGCCAAAGGUUUUGAAGUACUGCGUGUGUCAGCGACCUGGAGCGCAGCGACAGGUCGCGGGGGGGCGUCGAGGCAGGUUCCUCCUCGGCGAAGGGACGCAAGCCGAGCGAGUUGCCGGCCGUCGACGAGGAGGUGGCAGCUGGGCGGCCGGGCACAUUGUCCAUCGCCAUCACGCUCCCCAUACCACCUCCCCAACCUCCUCUCUCCCCUCUUCUCUCGUCUUCACCCACCCGCCGCUCGCUCGCCUGCGGCUCACUCGCGCGCUCGGCGCAACUCACAGGGUUCCCAGCGUGCUCCGCCAGCGCCGCCUUGUUGUUAACGUACCGCUCGACGGCGGCAAACUUGAGCGGGUCCUUUGCGUCCUGGAGGAUGUACCAGUCGAGGGUGAGCUUGUCCUUGCGGUAGUGCGAGGCUGCUUCGCGGAGGAGCGCAGCGAGGGCGGGGCCUUGGUCGGGCUUGGCGACAAACUUUGCGAUAACAGUGUGGACCAUGAUGAGCGAUGUGGGGGAUGAGUAAGACGCUGAUGCAGCACAACGACAAGGUUACAUAUGUAUCCUCG